AUGGCCACACGGUUCUGGCAAAACCGACGUGUGCUCAAUGAGUUUCCUUUGGUCCUGCGCUUUGUUUUUGCGCCUUCGGCUUUGUGCGGCUUCAUCAUCCACGACGACUACAUCAUCGACCAUGACUACCUCGACCAUGACUACAUCAUGAUUGGCUACAUCGACAUCGACAUCGACAUACAGGGCCAGGUCUACCGUUACUCAUUAACAACAACUCCAGUCAACAGCGUCCGCGUCGUCACUAGCAUCCACGCCACCCUCGUCGUGACUGCGGGAGGGAAUAGAGGAGAUACAAGAAAGGCACCAGAAGGGGAUGCAGUCACCGCACCUAGGCAGAACCUGAGCGAAACGCACUCACACCGUCACACCCCUCUCCGCCUCCGCCUCCGCCUCCGCCGCGCUAGGGUUUUGUCUCCACCUAACCACACUCACAGCCGCCUCCGCCUCCGCCUCCGCCGCAUUUCGGCCGCGCUCUCGCCUCCUCGCCAAAAUCGCCUCCCCGCAUCACCUGUUCCUUCUUCCUCCCUCCUUCGCCCUCUCAUCAUCAUGCUCUGCCUCGGGAGCGGCGGCGGAGACCGGAGCCAGGCGUACGGCGGCGGGCGGGGGGCGCCGACGGGAGGACGCCGAGGCGGGCGGAAGCGCACCGCCUUCGUGCGGCCGUCGGCAUCACCGUGGCCUCACACGGGCGCGGACCAGCAUGGGGUCGUCUUCCCCCGGCCCGCGCCGAUUUGGCCGCCCCUGGCGUACCCCUGCGGGCCUGCAUUCCCCGCGCCCUCACCGGCCCGCCCACCCCCCGCUUCCGCAACACCAACUCCGGUGCCGUCGUCCGCGACUAUCGGUAAGGACCUCGAGGAGAGACCGUUCCCCUUCGUCUUGCCUGCGGCGGAGAAGGCGCCCGCGGUCGCGCCGGUUUCCAGGAAGCAGCUCGCCCGACCUGCCCGUCUCGGGGCCGGAACCGUCGCGAUGAUCCGCCCGAAUCGCAGGCGCCGGGCGGGAGGGCGCGGCGCGCCCACCGGCUUCCCGUCGGCACCGCCAUGGCCUCACGAGGGCGUGCACCAGCACGGCAUCGUCUUAUCCGGGACCGCCGCGACGAUGUGCGCGAACCACCGGCGCCGGGCGAGAGGACGCGGAGGUGGCCGCGUGCCCACCGACUUCCUGUGGCCGCCUCCAGGCGAGUCGGCACCGCCGUGGACACACGAGGGCGCGUGCCAGCAUGGUGUCGUCUUCACCGGGCCCGCGCUGACUCCGUCGGCCCGGGCGUACGCCUACGCGCCCUCUUCUACGCCCUCGCCAGCGGUCACGUCGUCGCAAGCGGGCCUGCCCGCGGCGGAGAAGACGCCCAAGGUUGACACCGCGCUGGUCUCCAACAAGGGCCCUGCCCACCUCUCGCGUCCCGGGGCCAGGAACGUCGGCGCGAACCGCUUGCUCAUCAACGUCGGCUACAACAUUUUACCCUGCUAUGCCCCAUGGCCCAAGAUCACUCAAGCAGAUGUCAGGAAAUAUAUGAUUGUGUUUAUUAAGGUCGACAGAGAUGGAGAUGAGAAGAUUACUCGUGAAGAGGCAAGGAAUUUGUUUUUAAGUUGGCAGUUGCCAAGAGAUAUCUUAAGGAAGGUGUGGGAUUUAUCCGACCAGGAUAAGGAUGGGAUGCUGUCCUUCAAGGAAUUUUGUUUUGCUGUGUACUUAAUGGAGAGGUUCCGAGAGCAGCGACCACUUCCUGAUGUAUUACCAGAUGGUAUUUGGGCGGAGGGAAUUUCACUACCCUCUACUGGCCAGUUUGCAGAAAACCCUAGUGGCCUGGCUCCCCAUCCAAGUGCUGGGGUUACAAGUAGAGCAAUGCAAGGACCACAUCCUGAAAUGCCUCCUUCAUCUGUGAAGCGACAACAUCGAAGGCCUCUUCAUUUUGAUGAUGACACUACGCAAACUGAACCACAAAAACCUAAGGUCCCAGCAUUGGAGAAACAUUUGGUUGUCCAGCUUAGCAAAGAGGAACCAAAUGCACUUGAAGCGAAGUUCAAGGAAGCUUCAGAUGCCGAUAAAAAGAUUCUCUACAAGAGUAGGUGUGACAACAGGUUUAACGAAGUCUCAGAAAGUAUGUCUGCUGAUAAGUGUAAGGUUUCUACUAACACAGCGUCAAAAUCAAGGCCUGUAGACAUGCAAGAGGUUCAGUCAAUUACCAACAACCAUUGCUACACCAGCCAGCCUGUUAGAGAGGUGACAAUAUCGUCAUCAUCAUCCUCUAACAGGAUGAUUGGGAUCUCAAAAAUUCAGGUUAUUUUCCGCAUUGGAAAUUUCCGCUCGUUCCCGAUGCAAUUUGAAGACAACUGUACAAUUGAACAGAUCGUGUAUGCGGCUUUUCAAAAACAGAACGUCAAAAUAUCUGAUGCAGUUAUCUGAUUCAAUAAUCGCAAUGCAUACCUUGAAGAUAAACUGUGUUUUCUGAACCGGAACAAUGCUAAAGAAUGUAGUGUUUAUAUCGGUCCUCGGCUGCGAGGUGGUCAACCACCUUCAAGCUCAAUUCCUCCAACUACUAUGUCAUUUGAACGAUAUAUGUCCACGUUGGGUGAUGAGUUGUUUGACGUGGUGACUUUCCCCCAAGAUCCUGCUCUAUACUUCGUUGGUAUGGAUCAGUACUUCAUCUCUUUAGGGUUAAAAGCUAUUAAGAUUGUUAAAAUGUUCUUUGGCCUGUUGGAGACCUAUCAUGAAAAACAAGAGUGCCUUUUAUACUUCACAUUAGCGGAUCUUGAGUAUGAUACUACUUCAAAUAAGCUAAUGUUCAGAAAUCCAGUGCGUACAGCCGCAUUUCAUCCUAGUCGCUACUACCAGAAUAUGUCAAAUGCUGGUACAGUUUUAUCAUCCAUAUUGAAGUUCGAUGAAAUGAGAGUCCUUGCUGGCCAUUCUGGCAUAUAUCUACCGGCUGGGACUGCAAUUGACAACACCACACUUCCCAAGCUACCACCGUUGGUUGAACUUCUGAUACAUGAUUUACAAACUCGUGUGAGAGUAUUGCCGAAUGUAAGCAUCAACAAGCGGAAAAGAGCAUACUUUUGCAACCAUGUAGCUGUGAUGACUCCAGCUGAGCGCCUUUCCUUUUGGCUGACGGGUGAAUUACAUUUUGAGUACAUUGGUGGUGAGCAUACUUUAAAUACCUAUAUUGGUCAAAAGUAUGUUCCUAACUGGACCACUGCAGCAAAACGGUCAACUGCACUCAAAGCAGUAUAUUCAUGGCGUUCAUACGUCAAAACCUCAUUAGGGUCUCAAUGGUCGUUUGGACGUAAUUGGCUAUCCCAUGCUCCGUCGAAACUAACUCUGAAGUUUACAGAAAAGCAGUCUGAGGCGUAUCUGAAUAUUACGUUCAAGUGGUUGCUGUACUAUGUUAUCCUUAAACAUACAUUUCGAGGAGCAUCGAUUCGUUGGAACAGUAGUCCCCUGCCACCGGCGCAGCCACUGCCCAUGCCGCAAAUUUUGGCCCCGGCACCUUUUGGUCCUCCUCCAAGACCACUGACGCUCUCAAACCAUUUUACGGUUGAUCAGCUACUUAAUACGAGUGGAUCUCUUUAGAACCGGUGGAAUACUGGAAUGAUUUUGCAAGCAUUGACUGCAGCUACUUGGUUAUUCUUUUUAACUUGUGGGAUACUGAGUUACACACAAGUAUUUUUGCCAUCAUCGUUUGUAGGGAUCUCUUUAGAACUGUGGAAUGCUGUGUUGCACGUUUGAGCAUAUUGUAACUGAUCCAUCCUCUUUUUCUUUUAACUUUGUAACUGAUCCAUCCUACAUUGGAGCACCGAAACAUUGUAAUAAAAAGUUGAAUUGAUUGAACCCUGUCUCUUAGCUUCUCUGCACAUGUGUUCGGUUGAUAUUUUAUUAUUUCUAGGCUUUUCUAGGAGUGGCAAAAGUUCUUGGUUCUGUAGCCACAAUUUCAUGAAGUUUCAGAUUUUUCCCUUUUAUUUUUAUAUAUACUUUU